AUCGUCAUCCGAAAAGUCUCCUCUUCACCACCCAUCAUCUUCUUGGCUUUCAACAGCUUCUCCUGUUUCAUACUCUGCCCUUUGCUCUGAUAAGACUCUUGCUCAACUUGUUCAGGAAAGGUUCAGAUUCUUCCUCUUUUCUACUUUCUCUUAACCUCUCUCCUUCUCUCUCACGCUCCCUACAACUUUAAGCUUCCCCGAUGCUUAUCUCCCGCUAAUCGAAGCUCCCUGUGGCCAUCACACCACUUCCCAAAAACCAUCGAUUCUGUCCUCUUCCUGCCACGAAAUUGAAUGGCCAUUGCGAACCGACAGCCCGCGCGAGUGAGGCAAUGGCUACCCGCCUGCCUCCUCUCUCCGAUCCCGUGCCCUCUCCGGCUCUCGAACCAUCGCGAUUCUCGUCCUCAGCACCCGCCGUCUCGCAACCGCCGGCCGCCAAUGCGCCAGCCUUGAAUGACUCGGGAUUCGUGAAGCUGGAGGACCCCCCGACUCCCCUAGGUAUGACAUGUGCCUCUGCGGACGCAGGAGCACUGCUAACUCCGGGUGAUAUGAGUAACAAUGCUGGACCUCCGGCGACAACUGCCGCGGGCCGAAAACGCAAACCGAACAGCACGUCGGCACGAGGCGUCGCGAAUCUCACCCCCGAGCAACUGGCGAAGAAACGGGCCAACGAUCGCCAAGCUCAGCGGGCCAUCCGCGAAAGAACUAAGACUCAUAUCGAGUCCCUGGAGGAACGGGUGCGCGAGCUGUCGUCGCAAAAGCCGUUUUUGGAUCUCCAGGCUGCCCUGAAACAGAAUGAGGCUAUCCAGGCGGAAAAUCGGGAGCUCCGACAAGGGCUCAAGGCGAUCAUGGAUAUUAUACAACCAUUGAUGGGGAAGCAGGAGGCAUUAUCGAACGAUCCUUCGACGACAGUUCCCGCUGCCGCUGCCGCCGCCGCCUCCCUCAUGCCUUCAACGUCACCUUUUAUGGAGAACAAUGCUUUCGCGGCUAACACCCAGAGGGCAUCAACGAUGGAGCGCUCGUACACUGAGUCUAUUGCGAGCGUGGAGACACCCUCUUCUACCCAUUCAGCACCCACACUAGGUUCCCGCCGUGAUAGUGCGAGUGGAAACCAUGCUUCACUCCGGGUUGCAUUCGAUUACCAACGGCACAACUUGACCCAUGGGUUGGAUUUCGGGGGGGACGAGAGGAUGGGCUUUAAUUUUUUGCUCGAUCCAACGCAACAAGUUCCCAAGAUGGAGGGGGCCCGUCGUACAUUGGAUAUUUGCAGAUCACAGCCCAGCGCUGCACCAGCAUACAACACACUGCCGCCACUUGGUUCCAUCAUGGAUCAAACCUUGCCGGCCUACAUGACACCGGUUCGGAAUAUCGCUCCCACAUGCACUCUGGAUGCCAUUCUCCUCGACUUUCUCCAGAACCGACAACGGGAAGCGGCCAAGGGUGUUCCAAAACAAAAGCUGGUUGGCCCUGCAUAUCCUAGUGUUUCAUCCCUCCUCAACCCGGAGAAAAGUAUAUAUUCCCAUCCGCUCUCAAAAGUAUUCACCGACAUUUUGCGCACGUUCCCUGAUAUUUCAUCCCUUCCGGAGCAAGUCGCCGUUCUGUAUGCCAUGUUCCUCCUCAUGCGGUGGCAGAUAUUCCCGAACUUGGAGAAUUACAGCCGACUGCCUGACUGGCUAACUCCGCGGCCAUCGCAACUCCUCACACCACACCCUGCAUGGAUUGAUUACCUUCCUUGGCCGCGCAUGCGGGACCGCCUCGUCCUCUCAUACCCAGAAUAUCCGUUUGAGAACUGGUUUAUUCCAUUUACCAGCACACUGUCAGUCAAUUGGCCAUAUGAGGCCACAGACUGUCUCCUAUCGACUGGUGACAGUGAUGACUUGAUUAUCAAUCCUGUCUUUGAGAGGCACUUUUCCGAUAUCAACAACUGGUCACUCGGGCCAGAAUUCGCCGAAACAUACCCCCAAUUGGUCGAAACCACUAAAAUUAACCCCUCCCCUUAAUUCAAAUUUCCUUUUUGCCUCGUUCCGCGAAAGCAUUUCUACUCCCAUAUUUACACAUUCCAUAUGCCAUUCAAUCUGCUUUGAAGGCUUUCAAGACACGUACAGUUGGCUAUACUACGCGAAGAGAUAAUAUUUAUUAUUGAUAUCAUAUUCUGGAG